AUGGCAGCAGCAAUUUUUCCAGUUCUUUGCUUAAAAAAUAUUUUUCAUCAUCUUUCUGAACUUGAUCACCAAUCACAAAGGACAUGUGUAAUGUUAAAUCGUCACUGGUGUUCAAAUUUAACAUCAGAACUUUGGAGAAAUCCUUUUGAUUUCUUUUUAGAAGAUGAAAAGAAAGUCAAAUUAAUUGAUAUUUAUCUUAAAUGUUUACCACGAGAUGUUCAAAAAAGACUUAACCUUCCUAUGAUCAAUAAAAAUUAUAAUAAAACAGCUUUUAAUUAUCCAUCAUUCUUACAUGAAUUUGAUCCGGAAUUAAUAUUAGAUUUUAUUAGAAAAUGGGAAAAUAAAAAUAUGAAAUUUAAAAAAUCCACCAAA